AAGAACGCUGUUUAUCGCGCCUUGGCACACAGACAAGUUCUCACACAUUAUUAUAAGAAAGCAGCGAUCGGUGAUCUGUCAGCACAACAUGAGCAUCACUUACUGUUAUCCUGAGACCACCCCCUCUCUUUUGUGUGUAUUUGUGAGUGCUUCUAUUUAAGUCUCUUUGUGAUAGAGGAGGGAUAGAGGGCAGCAGGAGAUAAAUAUUCUGGUACGUUCUUCUCUCCAUCACUUUGUGUCCGUCUGAAUCCACAGCAACAACAUAGAAAGUGGGAAAGGGGGUGUAAGCAGGGAAUGUCAUUUGGAUGAUCUGCUCUUGUUGGGCUGUGCAUGCUUCUUCCCGUCUGCCAGACGUCUGUGUUAUCAACACUGAGAGGGGGAAUUGAGAUACCAAGAUGCCUGAGAAAGUACCAGAGAGGAAAUCAAAGAUCUCAGCUUCUCGCAAGCUAAUGCUGAAGAGCUUGUUGGUUGCCACGGCCAAGGAGGCGCUGGAGCAGGAGUUAGAAGAAAAGGAGGAAGAGAAGGAAAAGUACCUGGAAGAAAACACUCCUCCUAUACAUACCAGCUGCAUGUCCUUGGCAGAGCUAAAGACAUUAUGCAAAGAGCUGUAUGCCAAAAUAGACGUGGUGGACGAGGAGCGAUAUGAUAUUGAAGCCAAAGCCUUGCACAACACCAGAGAGAUUAAAGACCUGAACAUCAAGGUAGUGGACCUGCGAGGGAAGUUUAAGAGACCCAGCCUGAGGAGGGUGAGGGUUUCUGCUGACGCCAUCCUGCGCUCCCUACUGGGCUCCAAACACAAAGUCUCUCUGGAUCUGAGAGCGAAUCUUAAAUCAGUCAAAAAGGAUGACACAGAAAAGGAGAAGACGGUGGAGGUGAACGACUGGAGGAAGAAUGUGGAGGCCAUGUCGGGCAUGGAGGGCCGCAAGAAGAUGUUUGAUGCAGCAAUGGGCCAAAACCAGUAAAUGGCUGUUAGUGAAAGAAACAGCUGGCUCCAAAGAGUGCAUACAACACACAUUAAUGCAUAAACUCUCACUUCACAGGGCUACAGGGAAUCUUUUGGUACAUUAUAUAUUCAGUUCAUUACUGUGUGUUUUGUUGCAUUAUCACUGAAAUAAAUACAGCCUAUGCAGUCUCA